AUGCCUGCAUGUGAGCCAUGGUGUCCUCUGGUGAAGAGUCAAUUAAAAAAAAUAGGUAUAACUUAAAUAUGUUACCUGUUGUUUGAAACAUUUUUGCCUAUGUUACUGCACCAAAAUAACCAACGAAGCUUCCAGCCACCGAAGCUCCAUGGCUUUUGAAGAAAGAUCUUCCUUCGAAGGAAACCGAUUUAAUCGAUCUAACGGUAGCCGAUAAACCUCGCGAUCCAAGAUUAGACAUUAUCGAUGAAAAAUUAAUAAGCACAAGAUUGGAGGUUGGACAGUAUGACGAUUUGGAAAAGAAACCAGAAUUUGAUGCAGCAUUUGAUGCAGAUUUGGAGAAGCUAGCACGUGAUGUGGAUUAUUAUCGCCAUCCUAAAGAGACAGAUGGAAGGCUCGAGGACUCACUAAAUAAAGUAGUAGAUAUCCCAAAAGAGGAUCUCUCGAAAAUUAUAAAAGUUAAAAAAGAAUUUGCAACGCAAUGGACCGUUGAAAAAAGUAGAAUACGUAAACUCGAAGAAAGACAAAGAGUCGUAGACCAUUAUUUAUUAACUAAGGGUUCAGGUUACUUUGAAGACGUCUGCACUUGUUCCCUUUCCUGCGUCAUUUAUGCUUUAAAAAACGAUCCGUUUAUUAGAAGCAUAUUAGCAUCUGCUGCGUUAUUUGCGCUUGGGUUGAAACUUUGUACAGAAUUAGACGCGUGGUAUUUGCCAACUCGAUUUUCGUAAAAUAAAAUCAGAUUAAUAAAAGCAAGCAAAACUUGCAAAUAAACCUGUCCUUGAUUUUUUUUCAUAAUAUGAAAUUUAUUCACGUAAGUUAUAUGUGUAUAUUUUUUAAAUAGCGAUUCUGGCAGAGACGUUCAAAACAUUUAA